AUGUAUUUACUGGUCUAUGUCGAUAACAUCAUUCUAGUGAGCUCUUCUAGUUCUGCUGCUGAUCUCCUUAUUCAGAGUCUUCGGUCGGAGUUUGCUGUGAAGGAUCUUGGUCCUCUUCGCUACUUCCUUGGUUUGGAGGUAUCUCCAGUAUUCGAAGGACUUUCUCUCAUGCAGAAGAAGUAUGCUCUUGAUCUCCUUCGUCGUGUUGGGAUGCUUAAGUGCACCCCUGUCUCUACGCCCAUGGCUGCUACUGAAAAGCUGUCAUGUUCAGAUGGGGAUCUUCUGUCAGCUGAGGAUGCCACCCGGUAUCGUAGUAUUGUUGGAGGCCUGCAGUAUCUUCUUGUCACUCGUCCUGACUUGUCCUAUGAGGUCAACAAGGUCUGUCAGUACAUGCAGUCUCCUCACUCUCCUCAUUGGGAUGUUGUCAAGCGAAUUCUGCGCUAUGUCAGCUUCACUGUUUCUCAUGGCGUGCAUCUUCGUGCCUCUUCUUCCAGCUUUCUAUCUGCAUUUUCUGAUGUUGAUUGGGCUGGAAACUCUGAUGAUCGGCGAUCCAAGGGGGGGGGGGCAUGCCAUAUUCUAUGGUCCGAACUUGAUCGCCUGGAGUGCUCGCAAGCAAGCCACAGUGUCACGGUUGAGUACGGAGUCAGAGUACAAGGCACUUGCUAA